AUGCAAAUGACCGUUGUGAAAUACGACUAUCGUCUGGCUACCAGCGCUCAGAGAUGUGAUAUCAAAACGUAUUUCGCUAGGACCGAUGAUGAAUUGAAGAAACGACAUGGUCCGAAUGUAAAGGGUACGUAAAAUCAAGUCGGGAAAAGCUUUUAAAAAAAACUUAUUUAGAAUUUGAUCCGCUGGCUCGACUGACAUGGAAACGACCAAAAGAUACCGACUAUUUUGUGGUGGAAGAUCAUAACUACGAGGAUUUUCUUUGA